GUAUGGAGCCUUAUCGCUUAUCCAGAGACCAGAGACCCCUCCCCUUCACUAAUAAAACUCGAAGGGUAACAACUCAAUGAAGAAUUUCAUGGUCAAGCUUUUACUCAAACAUUUUAUAGCAAAUUCUUCUUCCACAUUGCGACAUUAAUCACCAAUACUAAUAAAGGAGAAAGUCGUUUACCUUUUCUCUCUCAUCAACAUCUUUCCCUCUUUUCCAUCCAUCUCGUUUCUAUUCGGAAACAUCUUCAAAUCGUUAAAAUCUCAGCUCAAACAUCUAGAUCCGUCAUCAACAUGGCAUCCAUUACUAGUCCUGUGCGGGCUCCAGUCCUUGCAAUGAGUGCUUCCGAGCUGAUUGGAAAUACUCCUUUGGUACGAUUAAAUAAGAUCCCACAGAGUUUGGGAAUCGAAGCCGAAGUUUAUGCCAAGGUCGAACUCUUCAACGCUGGUGGAAGUAUCAAGGAUCGUAUUGCCCUUCGCAUGAUCGAGGAGGCGGAAAAGUCUGGAAGAAUAAAGCCUGGAGAUACUCUCAUUGAGCCAACCAGUGGAAACACCGGUAUUGGUCUCGCUCUUGUUGGAGCUAUCAAAGGUUACAAGACAAUCAUUACACUUCCCGAAAAGAUGUCACCCGAAAAGGUCGCUGUCCUUCGAGCGCUUGGAGCCACUAUUAUUCGUACCCCAACUCAAGCAGCUUGGGAUGCCCCCGAGUCCCACAUCGGAGUGGCAAGACGGUUGUUGAAAGAGAUUCCAAACUCUCACAUCCUCGAUCAAUAUGCCAACGAGAACAACCCCAACGCACAUGAAUUCGGAACUGCAGAAGAAAUCUGGAAGCAGACUGAUGGGAAGGUUACUGCUGUUGUUGCAGGAGCUGGUACAGGUGGAACCAUCACUGGAUUAUCUAAAGGCUUAAAGAAACACAACAAAGAUGUCAAAAUCAUUGCAGCAGAUCCCCACGGAUCCAUACUUGCAGUUCCAGAAACCCUGAAUCAAGAACACGCCAACGAAUCAUACAAGGUUGAGGGAAUUGGUUAUGAUUUCAUUCCUGAUGUUUUGGACAGAGAUUCUGUCGAUGUGUGGUACAAGACAGAUGAUCGUGAAUCAUUCGCCUACGCACGUAGAUUGAUUGCCGAAGAAGGACUUUUAGUAGGAGGUAGCAGUGGUAGUGCUAUUGCAGCUAUGGUAAAGGGAGUCCGUGAUUUGGGACUUGGUAAAGGAGAUACCGUGGUAGUCAUCCUACCAGAUAGUAUUAGAAGUUACCUCAGCAAGUUUGCCGAUGACGACUGGUUGGCCGCCAACGACCUCCUUCCUCCUACCCCAGAGUCUUCCUUGCCAGCAUCCCCAGUUGUCAAAGCUCAAUCCAAGAAAGAUCCAUACUCUGGAGCGACUCUUCGAUCCCUUCGCCUCAAACCAGUCACAUCCGUCCUCGCAAACUCCUCUUGUUCUGAAGCCGUCGAAACCAUGCGUGAAAAGGGUUUCGAUCAACUCCCUGUCCUCGCUCCAAAGGGCGAUAAACUCGUCGGUCUUGUCACCCUUGGAAAUCUUCUCAGCUGGAUUAGUCGCGGUCGUGCCACUGGAAAAAGCCCAGUCUCAGAUGUCAUGUUCGAUUUCUCCCACAUCCCUGAAGUUAUCACCGAUCCCAAGGAUAUCAGUCAUCUUUCUUCGCCUCCUAAGAGCAACGGCAUCGAAACAACAAAGGAUGGCAAGAAGCAAACUACUCCAAAGCGCAAAUUCGUAGAAAUCACACUCGAUACACCUCUUUCCGCCUUGAGCAAGUUUUUCGAGUGGAACAGUGCCGCAAUUGUUACCGAGGAGGGAAGCGAGGUCGAUGGAUUGUCGAAGCCAGUCGCAGUUGUCACAAAGGUUGAUUUGUUGAGCUGGAUGGUUAAGCAAACUCAGGUUUAAGGGACCAGGUGCAUCGUUUCGGGGUUGGAAACGGCGUUUUGGAGCAGUGUUGCAUGCAUACACUGUGGUGGUGUUUUUUGGGUUUCAACACCUAUUGGGAUGGUACAGGGCUCUGCAUUUACAGUGGGACAUUGGAGAAAUGAGUUAUUAAAACAAAAGACAUAGAUAUGGUAGUCAGAAGGUGUAGAGCUUCUUAAGAAAAGAUACCCGCUUCAUCAGCAAACACAAACUCUCCAUAUCAUACCAGUCGUGAAAUGAUCACCAUUCACUUGUGAGAAGG